GCAGUUGGUGUUUUUUUGCAGUAUAACAACGCAUCCAAACACAAACAGUUCAGUUGGUGGAGAAAUGUCGAGAGAGUGAAAUUUGCUUCAUGCACAGCUUAUUGAUUUUCUGAACUUGUGCUCUCACUCCACGAAUUCCUGGCCGCGGCGGAGAAAUCAGAGUGUCUGUUUAUCUGCAGGUGUGCAAGGGAGAGUCCUUGGAUGAGGAUAUAAGUGAUAGUGCUCGUGUCGAUUUCGCCAAUAAGAUACCUUUCUGACAACGUGGAUUUUACUUGGCACGCAAAUUGAUUCUCUUGCCUUGUUUUCUCCUCCAAGCUGCCUGUGUUGUGUGCUAUUUAUUCGUGGGUGGGAGUGAAAAAUUUCACUUUUUCCGUGCGUUUUAACGCCACUGCAGAUCCAGAAGAAAAGAAGAAGAAAAAAAAUCACCCGACCAUUUCUAAUGUGGACUACGCCAAAAAUCAUCCUCCAAAUGUAAUAAAAAAAAAAUUAUUUUGCAGAUAUAAAUAGCCUUUCCCAGAAGCGUGAGGAAUACAAAGUCGUCAAUAGGCCAAAAAGGCGGACGCAAAGAGGAAGGAAAAAGAAAAACAGAACAGAGAAGAGGAAAUAUAUUCAUCAUGGAACAAAGAUCUGACAGUCUUCAUCUCAUAAAUCCCUUCGUUCACAAAAUGGAAUUGAUCAAUCCGCUGGACAAAGUGAAAACUGCGGUUUUCACCGUUCUCCUUCUUCCAUUUCGCGUGUUUGUGAUCUGUGUUCUUCUGCUACUGGCCUGGUUUUUGGCCUGCAUCGGACUCUUUGGUCUCACCGAUGAUGAUUUGCGCUCGAGGCCUAUGAAAGGCUGGCGAAGGACGAUACAAUUAAUGACCGCUGCUGUUAUGAGAUAUUUAUUCAUGGCCGGGUCUUUUCAUCGGGUGCAGUUUAAGGGGGACUGGGCGCCAACGAAAAAAGCUCCCAUUUUGGUUGUAGCACCCCAUUCGUCCUUCUUUGAUUCGCUGGUGGUGGUCCUCUUGGGGCCACCAGCCGUUGUGGCCAAGGCUGAGACGGCGUCUCUGCCGUUUUUCGGAAAGUUGAUAAACUAUACACAGCCGAUCUAUGUGUGGCGAGAGGAUCCAAAUUCUCGACAAAACACGAUAAAGGCUAUCAAGGAGAGGGCAAACUCGUCUGAAGAUUGGCCACAGAUCAUCAUUUUCCCCGAAGGGACCUGCACAAACCGCUCUUGCCUGAUCACAUUCAAACACGGAGCUUUCUACCCAGGCGUGCCUGUUCAGCCCGUGUGCAUUCGCUAUCCGAACAGAUUGGAUACCGUCACGUGGACCUGGGAGGGUCCUGGCGUGUUGAAACUUCUCUGGCUCACGCUGACUCAAGUGCACAGUGCAUGCGAAGUUGAGUUUCUUCCAGUGUACGUGCCAUCGCCAGAAGAGAGAGCCAAUGCCAAAUUGUACGCUCACAAUGUGCGAAAUGUUAUGUCCAAAGCACUUGGCUUGCCAAUAUCAGACUACACUUAUGAUGACUGCAAAGUAUUGACACGUGCCAAAGAAAUUAAUCUUCCAUUUGCCCCAUCGAUUGUUGACGUUGAGAAGCUGCGAGAGAGUGUUGGGCUGAAUAAGACGCAAAUUGAGGAAAAGAUUGCAACUUCGCAGCCCGGAAAUAUCCCAGAGAACUCAAUUAACUAUGUGGAAUUCUGCCAGAGGCUCCAAAUUCAACAGAGCCACCCGCACGCCCACAAACUCUUCUCACUAUUCGACCCGCGAUCCUGUGGAGUUAUAGAUUUUCGAGAGUAUCUGCUCUGCGCUCUGUUUCUCAUGAAACCCAGUCAAUCCCAAAUUGACUUGGUUAGAUCUGCCUUCAAGAUCUACGAGAGCAGUUCGGGCGGUGUAACGUGCAGAUUCUUCCGUCAAAUUCUCCAUCACACGCUGGCACUGCCGGACGACGUGAACGAAGUUAUGUUUUCGCAAAUUAGAAAAGGGACUCUAGACUAUAUAACAUUUGAUGACUUUGUGACAUACGCAAAAGGAAAGGCUGAAUUCUCAAAAAUAUUCUCACAGAAUUUUGAGUCGUGCGAGAAACCAAAACAACCCUAAAAUACCAUUUUAGCUUUAGUGUUUCUGUCCUUUUCCCCAUUUAUAUUUAUGAUGCCCUUGUGAAAAUUACAAUAACAUUCUGUUCAAGCAAGCGUAUUUAUCUCAUGUGACGAAAAUUAAUUGUAGCCAGAAGAAUAUUGUGUAAAAUUUGCCAUUUAAUAUUGUAUAAAAGAAAAUCUUGUGUCUAUUUUAUGUGAAGAGCAAUGCUGUAGUUACCCAAGAAUUAUUUAUUAUGUACUCGUAGGACAAAGAAAAACUGAUUCAAAUCCUCAUUUUGUGUUAGAGCAGCGCAGGGAAUGUAGUAUAUUUGAACAUUGCGGUGAAGUUUCUGUAUUUUCUUGCAUUUAUGCUGUCUAGAUUUUCUUAUUUUUUUCUAUUAGAAUAUUGACAAUCAUUGGUUUUUGUGGGAGGAUAAAGGAAAGAGUGGAAGUUUAGCAAUGAAGUGUGUCGAUAACUAAUACCUCCUGCCAGAGAGCGAAGUAUAAAUAGUGUACUUAUUGGGGAAGAGAAACUACAGAAAAAAUUACUAUUUUGUACGUAUUACCGAUGAAACUUACUGUAUUGUGUAACUGUCUGUAUUCUUACGGAAGAAUGUGUAGAAGUAAUUUAUAGAACAUUUGAGUAAUUUAUUGUGAGGAUAAAAUUGAAAGUGUAUUUUUAGCAUAUAUAAUUCUAAUGUGUUUCAAUUUGAAGGGGGAAAAGAAUCUGUAAAAUUCUCAGUUGCAAGAACAUAUUAGAUUGAGAACAAUACUACAGUUGUGAAGAGGAAAAACCCAACUCAAAGAACUCAGUAAUAAACCAGUAUUUAUAGAAAA